UUGCGGCUUUUGGCUCUUCCUCUCAUUUGAACGCACAAAAGAAGUCGUCUCGUUGAAGAAGUUGGGCUGAUUGAACCCCAUGGACGCCAACGUGCAUAUGGCCACGCUGGAGGAUGCGAGGAUGUUUCAUGAAUAAGACGCCAGCUUAACUUUCAGCAAGACCGGGGCCAAGUUCGGGGAGCAAUCAUGGAUUUGAUGGGGGCCAACGAGACGUCCUCCGAGUGUGCAGGAGCGCGCAUGUUCGGCGCACAGGACGGCAGCUUGGAGACCUCCAACCUGAGCUGCAGCGACACCUCCACGCCGUUCACACCCCGCAGUGUGCGGCCAGGGGACGAUGACCACACGCUGAGGAUCCUUCUGUACGCGCUCAUCUUCGUGCUGAGCGUGUUCGGGAACCUUCUGAUCAUCCUGGUGCUGAUGGCCAACAAGCGCAUGCGGACCGUCACCAACACCUUCCUGCUGUCGCUGGCCGUCAGCGACCUGAUGAUGGCCGUCUUCUGCAUGCCCUUCACUCUCAUCCCCAGCAUCCUCAAGGACUUCAUCUUCGGUGCCAUCAUGUGCAAGACGGUGUCCUACCUGAUGGGUAUAUCGGUCAGCAUCUCCACAUUCAGCCUGGUCGCCAUAGCGAUUGAGCGCUACAGCGCCAUCUGUAACCCGCUCAAGUCCAGGGUGUGGCAGACGCGCUCCCAUGCUUACCGGGUGAUCGCGGCAACAUGGCUGCUGGCCCUGAUCAUCAUGAUUCCGUAUCCGGUGGUCAGUCACCUGGACUCCUUUCAGCGCCCCGACAACACCACCGCCCACCAGUGCCGCCGCAAGUGGCCCGUCGCCAUGGCCGAGCAGACCUGGUACGUUCUGCUGCUGCUCGUGCUGUUUGCCAUUCCGGGGGUGGUGAUGAGUGUGGCCUACGGACUCAUCUCCAGGGAACUUUACCGAGGUAUCCAGUUUGAGAUGGGACACAAGAAAGACUCCACAGACGUGAAGAACGGCCUGACUUCAGCUGCGUCCAACGGCAGCGACGAUGGUGACGGUUGCUAUGUCAACGUCCAGCGUCCCUACGCGUUGGAAAUGUCGGCCAUGUCUACCUCCGUCAAGACUCCCAAGGCGGAUCGACCACGCAGGAACACGUCGGAGGCAAAGCUGGAGGCCAAAAAGCGAGUGAUCCGCAUGCUGGUGGUCAUCGUGGUCCUGUUCUUCCUGUGCUGGAUGCCGCUGUACUGUGCCAACACGUGGCGGGCUUUCGAUGACAGAUCGGCCAAAAAAGCUCUCUCAGGAACGCCCAUUGCUUUCAUCCACUUGCUGAGCUACACCUCCGCCUGCGUCAACCCCAUCAUCUACUGUUUCAUGAACACACGAUUCCGCAAGGCCCUCUUGGCCACCUUCUCCUGCUGCUUCGCUCCUUGCCGUCGCCACCGCCGCCGCCGCCGAGGGAUGCGGGACAACGAGGAUGAUGUCAUGGCCAUGGGACCGUCCAUGUCCAAGUUCAGCUACACCACAGUCAGCACCAUGGGGACCUGCUGAGGCCCAUCGAGGAGGUCCCACGUUUGGCAAGCACAGAACACGGGAUGAAGUUGUAGCACAGCAUCGGAGCUUAACUAAACACGCCAUCGUGACGAAACAUUGCUGGUCUUACACGUAAUCACCUCCAUUGCCAUAUGAAAACACAGCGUAGGGAUGAAGAUGAUCCGCUCUCCAACCUGGUAGUCAUUAAAUGAAGAAGUCUUAUUGGC